CGCGGUGUCAGUGUGACAGCUGAGAGAGAGGGUGAAGCAACCACCAAGGACUCUACAGUCCAGGGCAAAUAUAAAGCAGAUCAGCACCAUUUUCAUGCACUCCAUUGUCAGACCGUCGCAAACAGAUGCUGAUUGUGAGAACACAGCUCAAAUGUUGCUGUACAUCAGAGUUGAAUAGAUGCUUGUGAAAACCUACAGACCCUGGAGCACAAGCUGACAGGAAACCUCGCAAACCCACACUGAUGCAGCAGGAUAUUCAGGCAAUUCCGCUCAUUUUAAAGGAUGUUGAAGAAGAUCGAACAUUAAUCGAUGCUGCCUCACCCGCUGAGUUUCUCCAGCAUUUUUGUCUGCCAUGGGAAUAUAAAUGGUGUGCAUAACCUCCCCCAAAUUGCCAGGAUUUGGUGGUUUAUCAGUUUGACUUCAGAGAGCGUCGGUUGAGCUGUUUCCACACACUGCGUGUGCAUGGCAUCGCUGGAUGAGGUGAUUGCGAGGUCACUGGGAUUAGAUGAGACUGCAACACCCCCGUGCAGCGGGCAGUAACACACGCUGAACGCCAGUCAUUACUGAAUCUUUAACGGACCUAUUCCGGUGUGGAGGGAACACAUUCAAGAUGAAGGAUGCAUUAUUCAAUGCUAACUAUGUUGUGGGGCUGGUGGUCAGCGCAAUAGUGCAGAUUGUUGGGAGAAGUAUGGACUGUCCACAACUAUGUGUGUGUGAAACCAGGCCGUGGUUCACACCCAGAUCCAGUUACAUGGAAGCUGCAACAACAGACUGUAAUGAUGUCAACCUGGCAGUAAUGCCACACACCUUCCCCGCUGACACACAGGUGUUACUGCUGCAGAGUAAUAACAUUUCAAACAUCGAGAACAAACUAGACAACUUGACCAACCUGACAGAGAUUGACUUAUCCCAAAACAGUUUUGUAGCCAUCCAUGACAUUAACCUGGGGACCAUGCUUCAGCUGCUGUCCCUACACCUAGAGGAAAACAGACUGACACAACUACCUGGCAGCUGCUUGCUUGGUCUCAGCAACCUCCAAGAACUUUACGUCAACCAUAACCAUAUCUCCAGCAUUGCAUCAGGAGCGUUCACAGGCCUUGACUAUCUCCACAGACUACACCUUAACUCCAACCAACUGACUGCCAUCAAGAGCAGGUGGUUUGAGGCUACACCGCGCUUGGAAAUUCUCACCAUUGGAGAAAAUCCCAUCUCCCACCUCGGAGAGCUGAGCUUCCAACCCUUGAGCAACCUGCGCAGCCUAGUCCUAGCUGGAAUGGAGCUAUCCCAGCUGGGGGAAGGCACUCUGAUUGGCCUCAACAACUUGGAAAGCAUUUCGUUUUAUGACAACAGACUGCUCAGUGUUCCCACGGCAGCACUUCAGCGAGUGCCCAAUCUCAAAUUCUUGGAUUUGAAUAAAAAUCCCAUUGAGAGGAUCCAGCAAGGGGAUUUCAGAAACAUGUUGCAUUUGAAGGAAUUGGGCAUCAAUAACAUGGCAGAGUUGGUUUCUAUUGACUCCUUGGCACUGGAUAAUUUGCCAGAGUUGACAAAGAUUGAAGCCACAAACAACCCAAAGCUCUCGUACAUCCAUCCCAACGCCUUCUACAGAGCCCCCCAACUAGAGACAUUGAUGCUCAACUCCAAUGCACUAAGUGCCCUGUACAGCGGUGUGGUGGAAUCAUUGCCCAAGUUGCAGGAAGUCAGCAUACACAGUAAUCCCAUCCGAUGUGACUGUGUCAUCCGCUGGAUCAACACUAACAAAACAAACAUCCGCUUCAUGGAGCCACAGUCUUUGUUUUGCUUUGACCCUCCAGAAUUCAAAGGGCAACAUGUUCGAGAAAUUCCUUUCAGGGAAAUGACGGAUAUGUGCCUUCCGCUAAUAGCCGCCCAAUCUUUCCCUUCCACGAUAAACCUGAGCAGCGGUGGCUCAGUGUCUCUGCACUGCCGAGCGACAGGCCAGCCGCAACCAGAGAUCUACUGGAUCACCCCGGCUGGUGAUAGGCUGCUGCCCAACACGGCCAGCGGCAAAUACAAGGUGCACCUUGAGGGGUCGCUACAUGUGGCCAACAUUAGCACCAAGGAGGCUGGCCUCCAUACCUGCGUGGCACACAAUCUGGUGGGGGCAGACUUGAGAACUGUGAUUGUAACGGUGAAUCAGUCGUUGCUGCCAAACACCAAUGAAACACUGAACGCCAGGGUAAAGGACGUGGCCACACAUUCCAUCCUCGUCUCCUGGAAGGCCCUGCCAAAUAGCCUGGCAUCUAACAUCAAGUGGUCUUCCAAAUCAGAUCCCAAUAUCCCCAUGGUAACUCAGACUGCCAGGGUGCCCACAGAUACACAUGUGUAUAAUGUAACACACCUUCACCCCAACACACAGUACCAGCUGUGUAUUUACAUCCUUAACAUUAACCAACAAACCCACAAGGAAUGUCUCAACGUCACAACUAAAGGAUUGGCUUUGCCUUCACAAUCGAGCAGGGAAAGAACCAUGACAACAUCUCUGGCUGCCCUGGGUGUCAUCGUCCUUGCCACUGGCGUGAUGUGGCUUUAUCUCUGUGGGACUUGGAGGAUAAAGUACAAUUGUGGGCACGGUCGUUUGGAAAAGUACGUACAGAAUAAAGCCACGUUCUCCUCAAACACAUUCUACCCUCCUCUUAUCAAUAUAUGGGACAAAGAAAAAACACAGAGCGGGCCCCUGGAACUGAAAGCCACUGUCAUUGAUGUCUCAGCAAACUAUUCCUAAAACCUUUUGUAAACCAGAAUGUAAACAAAAGAGCCAGUUGUAACUGGACUACUUUUAAAUGUUGGGGUCCAGAUGAAGAAAGCACAGACCCUGCUGGCAGUGUUACAGCGGGGAGGGAGGUGAAUGGGUCACCCAGUUAGUGUCUUGUCAAAUUGCGGGGAAUGGCAGGCGUACCGUAGUGAUUUUGGGAGAGUUCGCUCCGUGAAGAAUAGCAAGAGAAGGAAGCAGCCAAAGCAGGUCGCAGAAUCCCCACUUGCUCAUGUUCGAUUCAGUAAAAAAGAUUGCUACAUUGGCACACUGCUGCGGCUGCGUGCGUGUGUGUGUGUGUGUGCGCGUGUGUGUGCGUGUGUGUGUGUGUGCAUGCGUGUGUGUGUGUGUAUGUGUGUGUGUGUCUGUGUGUGUGUGUC